CAUUGUUUUUGGUUUUGGAAUUGGUAAUGUGUUUAUUUUAAUUUACAAAAUCAACCAAGUUAUUUAAGAUACUUCCAACUUAUGUAGCCGCAUUUUUAGCUCCUGGUGUAAAGUAACUAAUAACAAGUGGAGUUGUGUUAGGGGGUUGGGUACAGUUCUGCAUUGGGCUCUAACAUGGCUCCCAAAACAGCAAUUUGCAGAAUUUGUGUUCAAGAAACCGACAACAAUGAUUUACAAGAUUUGGACUGGAAAAACAUUGACCCUUUUUUAGCCAACAACUAUUUACAGCGUCCACUGGACCUGUACAAAGGACAUGUAAUCUGCUGUUCUUGUAUAGAUAAUUUCAACACUAUCUCAAAACUGCAUAGACUCGUUGCAAAAAGCAAUAGUGUAUUGACCAGACUCAAAGCGAGUCAGCUAGACGAAUCUGCCAGUAAUUCAGAAAUAAAUUUGAAAGAAAUUUUGGCUUCUGAUGUAGGAGACGAUAUGGCCAUAUGCAGAGUGUGCUUGGACACAACGAAGCACGUUGCAAUCAGACUAUUUGACAGUGCCACUAAUAUAGUUCCUCCAGACUACUUAAAGUCUAUGUUUAGCGAAAUGAAUAUUAACUUGUUGUUAAUAGAUCAGACAAAAACGCCAAUUAUUUGCUACCAAUGUUGGCAGAGACUCCAAAUUUCCUAUAGUUUUCAUAAACAUUUGGGCGUAGCAAUCAGUAAGUUACGAUAUUAUCAACGAAUCUCCCAAAACAUGUACUUGAGUCAGAUGGAUUUGGACGAUAUUUUAUACAUGUGGGACAAAUUAGAUGAGCCAGAUGCAUCUGCAAUUGAAACUGAUGAGCUUAUGCUGGACGAACAAUUGAAUGUAACUGGUUCGUCGCUUCUAGAUCAUGACUAUUGCAAUAACCAUUCUGUUGACAAUGAGAUAUUCGUUAAUGAGGAAAUUGUUGGUACCAAUACCGAUCAGAUAAGUGAUAUGCCUGUGCUACAACCGAAUUCACACGAUAGUAUGGAUUCGUUGAAAACUGACUCCUCCAAGAGAUCGUUGCUAAACAAAAUUGUGAUCAAAGAGAAUAGAACAGUAUCUGUUAAGAAGAUUAACCAAAAAAAGAACAAGAACAGAAUUCGUGUGUCCGAUUCCAUUGCUAACCGCACAACAAAUAGACGAGAAUCGAAUCCUGUCAUUUUAAGAUCGGCACUGUUGAGUAAAACAGUGCCGAAUAUUCCAAUAUUACAACCAGCUGAAAAUUCAGAUAUGCAUAAGAGAUAUAAUCUGAGGUCCUCAAGAAGCAUCAACUUUAAGGAAGAGGAUAUACUCGAUGAAGAUUUAUUAGUUUUAAGAAAACAGGUAGUAAUCAAAGCUAAACCAGCUCAGACGAAAAUGCCUUCAUUGAACAAUAUGGAUGCUCUUCCUCCAAUUCUUCAAAAUCAAAGCAUUAUCGAACGUCCAACAAAUGGCUACCAUUCAAAUGACUACACAUUUGAGAGGCUAAACUUUGAUAGUUAUGUUCUAAUGGAUAAAAAUAGAGUACCUGAACAGGAAAUCCAAAUUAAGGCAGAAGUGUUGAGUGAUUCGGAUGAUGAUUUUGUUGAAGAAACACCAGGUAUAUUCACCGAAACUGAGCAACCCAAUGGCAAUGGGGAUGGUGUGUGUCCAAGUUUGGUCGGCUUCGUUAAGACUGAAUCUGAGGAACUGAUCGAUGUUACUGGAAUUGAAGAGCAGCCACCAGAGCUUGAGUUCCAAGGACCUUGCUCGAACAUGCCUAAUUUGACUAUUUUAAAUGCGUAUACGUCAGUUGAAGAGAAACGAAGAACUAUUGAGUCUUUUGAUGAGACUCAAUUGAACGACACCGAAGUCUUCAGUAAUGGAGCUGUGGAGAAGCAAAAUGCAAAUGAACAUGUGAACCAGGUGGUCCCUGAUCCAACUUAUAGUAAUUGUGAUAUUGAGGAUAUGCCUCAGUUGGAUUCAAAUUGCGAUCCGCUACGUUUAGAUGUCACGAAAAAAACUCGUAAGUCACAUGCGAAAAAGGGCAGAGCGAAAUCGAUGCGUUCAAGUGUUUUACAAGAUGCGGAUCAAAAUGACGACAUGUAUGAUUAUGUUAAGCCAAAAACAAGAAAUAAACCGAAGGCUGUCUUGCCGUAUCUUCCUUAUGCAUGUACUAAGUGCGAUUAUCUUUCCAAUACAAAACGGGCGAUGACAUUCCAUGAUGAUGUGCAUAAUGCGAGCAAGGCCAAAAUACUGGUUUGUGAGUUCUGCUCAUUUAUCGCAAUCAACAAAGAUACCUUCAGACGACAUAGGAGAAACCAUCUAGAAAAUAAAGAUCAUGAUUAUUGUUACGAAUGCAAGUUACAUACGCCCACCAUAUAUUGCUUGAAAUGUUCCAAAGAUUUUCAUCCGCAGUGUCUAUUGGCACAUCAGACCAAAAGUAAAGAAUGUAUUCACUUUAAUAUUGAGGGUGUCUUAACAAUAUGCAAGCGGGAAAUUGCUACACUUGCCCCACCCGACUCUUCUGGUGGUAAUCUAUCAUGCACUUAUUGCAAGAAGAUGGCUUCAAAGUCGUUUAUUAAUUGCCAACUUUGUGUAAAACAGUUCCAUUAUGAAUGUUUCUUUGCUAGAGAUAAAAAAUGUUUGAACGUCUGUAUGCAUUUAGUCCGACUAUUAAGGCGCAUGUAUAUUAAAAGUGAAGGUUCAAAGGUAAGAUGUACAUUUUGUGAGCGAAUUCUGGAAUACGUUACACCGUGCCUGUCCUGCCAAUGCGUUAUGCACUAUUCCUGCUACAGUAAGCAUGCAGAACUCGUCACCUCCAACUGCAACCAUGCUCAUAUUAUACAUGGUUUACCAUUAGAUUUUCAAUACCUGUCUCCGCCCCAGUUGACGUCAUCAUCAUCCUACAGUACGAAACUUUCUAAAAUAUCUGAGUUUAAGGAACAGUUUUAUAUAAAAGGGUUACAAUAAUAUUUGUUUUCACAUGUUUAUAAGUAAAUUUAGUAUUAUGUUUUUCAACGAUUUCAUUUACUCUAUGAAUUAUAUAAAAAAAAACACCUUAAAAACACCGUUCAUUUAAUUUUUAUCAAACGAUCUUUGAAUGAAAAAGUAUCUAGAUUAUUAAUAACGAAAGCUCUUUAUGAGUUAUGUACAAACGCAAAAGGUUUAUUAUAAUGUUUUUAGAUUA